AUGGCGAUGUCUCUCGGUCUCCCGCCGCCUGAACCGCUUAAAAUACUGGAAGGAAAUACUUCGAUAAAAUGGAAAAAAUUUAAACAGAAAUGGACAAAUUACGAGAUUGCUACAGGAGUUGCAGAGAAAGAAAAUCCGACGAGAGUUGCUACAUUCCUGACAGUGAUUGGGGAAGAAGCGGUCGAUGUUUAUAACACAUUUACUUGGGCCACAGUGGGCGAUAACCUGAAAAUAGACAAGGUUUUGGAGAAAUUUGAUGCCUUUUGCAACCCAAGAAAGAACACUAUAUAUGAACGCUAUGUGUUUUUUUCGAGAAACCAGGAAAAUGGCGAGUCAAUCGAUCAUUAUGUAACUGUUUUAAAAACUUUGUCUGACACUUGUGAAUUUGGGAACUUAAAAGAGUCCUUGAUCCGUGACCCGCUUGUGUUUGGAAUUCUAGAUAAUUCUGUUAGGGAAAGAUUACUAAGAGACCCUGAGUUAACCCUGCAAACAGCAAUUGAAAGAGUAGGGUCAGCUGAAUUGACAAAUGCACAAUUAAAACAAAUAAAAGCUGACCAGAAGAUUACUGAGGAAUUACCAAUACAUCAUGUAAAAUCAAACAGUGAACAUUCCUAUAAAAACCGUGAGCAGAAUUUAUUAACCCCAAUUGUGAAUUGUAAGUAUUGUGGAAAAAACACCCAAGGGACAAAAAUCAAUGCCCUGCCUUUGGAGCAAAAUGCCAGAAAUGUGGGAAGUAUAACCAUUUUGCAGCCAAGUGCAAAUCAAAGGCUCGCAGAACCCCCUGUGUAAAUUAUGUCGAAGAGGAUGAGGCCCCAUCUGAAGAUGACUAUACUAUUAGUACUGUAAUACAUCAUAUUGGGGCUCUUAACAAAAAAAAAAGAUCUAUGACAAUAAGAUCCCAAAGCAGCUGUUUGCAACAAUGAAAGUCAAUGAUAAGGUGAAUAUUAAGUUCCAAUUACAUUGUGGUGCAACAUGCAAUCUAAUUCCACUAAAAGAUUAUGCUCGGGCUAUGGGAAACCCUGAAGAUGUCUAUUUGCAAAAGAGCAAUGCUACACUAACCAUGUACAAUGGAACAAUCAUGCGUCCUGUAGGCAAAUGUAAACUAAAAUGCACUAGAGGUGGUUCACAGCACACACUUGAAUUUGAAGUGGUCGAUAGUGAUGUGAAACCUCUUCUAAGUGCUGAAACAUGCCAAAAGUUAUAGUUCUUGCAGGUUCUCGUGAAUCUUUUGGUUUUUGGCCCGGAAUGAACGCGGCAAUCAAAGAACAUGUGUCUGGCUGCGAUACCUGUAAUGCCUACCGAAAAGAACAACCCAAAGAGCCUCUUAUAUCACAACCGGUACCGGAUAGACCAUUGAUAAGAGUGGCUGUUGACCUUUUCACGCUAGAAAGAAAAGAUUAUAUCAUAAUGGUUGAUGAUUAUUCAAAUUACUUCGAAUUUAAUGUCCUAAAUGAAACAACGGCUGCAGCAAUCAUCAUGAGUUUAAAGUCACAGUUCGCAAGACAUGGUAUACCUGAAGAAGUGAGAAGUGACAACGGACCCCAGUUUGCCUCGACAAGUUUUGAGAACUUUGCUAGAGAAUGGGAGUUCAAGCAUAUUACCUCAUCCCCGUAUUAUGCACAAUCCAAUGGAAAGGUUGAGAACUCAGUAAAAACGGCAAAAAAGAUCUUGAAGAAAGCUCAAGCUGACAAACGAGAUCCCUACCUAGCGUUACUAGCAUGGCGAAACACGCUGACCGAAGGCCUUGAUUCAUCCCCUGUGCAAAGAUUAAUGGGAAGAAGGACAAGAACCCCUCUCCCAACCUCAGCAAAUUUGUUGAAACUGAAACUUCCCUGCAUGGUGAAGGAACAGGUAACGAACAAGCGAAGAAAGCAAGCACGAUACUAUAAUCGGGGGAGUAAACCGCUCCCGGAACUUAAACCAGGAGAUGUCGUGCGAAUACGACCAGAUCCAAAUAGUUCCGACAAGACGUGGAGAAGUGGAGUUUGCUCCUCGACCAUACGGAAAAUAUGGCCUUGCAAAGUUUGCAAAUUUUGUAUACUUUUGUAUUGCAUGCGAAAAUUGCAAUACAAAAGUAUACAAAUCCACAAGUAUUGGGAUGAAUUAGACUUACGACCAUUAUGAACCACUCAUAUUUGAGUAAAGAAUAUAAUAUACACUUAAUGUCUGCUCCCGAGGGAAAUAGUUAGUUUUGUUUUCCCGAGAAUCUCAAUGUUUCCCGAGACGAAGUCGAGGGAAACAUUAAGAUUCGAGGGAAAACAAAACUAACUAUUUCCCGAGGGAACAGGCAUUAAGUGUUUUGUUAUAUAGCAACGAACAAAAAUCAACUUCAACAACAUUCAUACAACAAUUGUAUUUUGUGACAAAAAUCUAUAGUGUAAACGAGUUUAAAAUUAAAAGAACCUACUUAAACGGUUUCAGCAGCAUAUCUUGUUGCCUGUUGUGUAUUUUUCUUCUCUUUUAUAUUCUUUUUUUGAACACAAACUUGGAAAAUCGUAGGUUCUAAUUAUCUGAGUUUUGCCUCCAUUUUGUUUAUUUAUGUACGUGGCUGGUCGGGGCGGGCAACAAUUUUUCACUUGUUGCCCGGCGGGAAACGUUGCAUUUAUCUGAAGUCACAUGACCACAAAUCAGCCAAUCACGUUUGGUGUUCACGCUAGCUAUAUAACAACAUUGAUUAAAUCACUGUAAAAAAACUCUCUUGUUUGUGUUAGAAUCUAUAUAAUGUGUAGUUUAUUGUGUAAUUGCGCGAAAUAUUGAAAUUUUGCGCCGUCGAAUUUGUUUGCUUUUUGCAUUUACCGCUCUAUUGCAUAUUGCAGGCUCAAAGUCAAGAUGGCGUCUUUUCGACAAAUUGUACGGAAACUUUCAUUUUGCUUGUGGACAGGGAUAAUUAACUUUUUGUUAACAUUAAACAUAUACAGACAUUCAUAUUGACAUAUAUUUUUGUACCGAAACUAGCUUUUUGCACAUUUACUAAAUCUGCGCUUAAAUGGCAAGAAAUUCCUUCAAGAUAUUAUGGAAUAUAUGAACUCCUAAACGUAUUAUUAAUUUAUAUAGAUAAAAAAGUUCUGAUUUAGGAUAGCAAGUUAGGAACGUAAGUAUCAUACACUAAAGUCUUUCAGACGGGCAAAUGCUGAAUUGUUUAUUACUAUUUUCCUUGUCCGCAGCAUCACUGGAAAUAUGGUAAGGAAUUUUCCCUUUAAAAUGGGGAAAAAUAUCACGUGACACGUUUCCAUGGAAACAUAAAGCUCUUACUGCUGUUGUACUCUUUUUACUGUUGAUGGUACAUUCAGUGAUAUGUUAUGGCAAUUUUAACCUGGACCCAUGCAUUAAUCCCCCUGAGCAAUAUUUUGAUAUUACAUCAAUCUCUGAUUUGAUUAGCUUCAGAUCCUUCAUAGAGCUGUCUUUAAAUUUAGUGAAGACAUCAUAUUGAUCACUAAUGAACUGUAUAGAUUUUUUUUCGGAUUCAUUCAAAGAUUUGAUUUGUUCAGCAAGAUGGCCACUUUCUUGUUUGACAUAUUUGUCAAUUUUCUUGUCAAAAGCUUUAGUAACUUGACUUAGUUUCACAUUUAAUAGAGCUAUUUCGUCUCUCAAUGGACCAUUCCCCAAUUAUAACCCAACAAGUCUAGACAAAAAUUUCAUCACAGCUUGAAAGAGUGUCACAAAAUUAGUAAUAUUCCAAAGUUUCGUUGCAAAAUGCUGUAAAAUGCGGAUAAUAUAGCCUUGCGAAGUUUGCAAUUUUCAGUCAUUUUAGAUUACAAACGGGAAAUGGUUACCACUUCUGUGCAGAAUACAAAAUGACUGAAAAUUGCAAAUUUCGCAAGGCUAUAUUAUCCACAUUUUACAACAUUUCGCAAUGAAACUUUGAAAUAUUACUAAUUUUGUGAUGUUCUUUCAAGCUAUGAUAGAAUUUUGUCUAGACAUGUUGAGAUCAAAAUUUUGGUUAAUUUGGGAAUGGUCCAUUCACAAUUUUCGUUUUUUAAUUUUGCUGUUGCCAUUUAACAAAGAUUUUAGCACAAUUUAAUGUAUAAAAUAAACAGAGCAAAAAACAGUGUGGUACCACUAAGACAUGGUGAGGUACGUACCCAUGAGAUAAAGUGUUAUAAAAGAUACCAUUGUAUGUUAUGUAUUUAAUAUUUUCAUUUUAUCUUCAAAACUUUACAGUAAAACUAAUGACAGAUGGACAAUAUUUUCAAUAUUAUUGAACAUUGUUAAUGAGAAUAAGUAUAUCUUUAAAAAGUUAACAAAGGUACAUUCCAUUCAGAUUCCACCAUUUUGUAGGGCAGAGAAAUUUUGCCAAACGUUUUGUGAUUGAUCUUAUAGUUAAUAAACAGCUGCCCCCACCCACCUAAAGUUAUGUCUUUGAUUUCCACACUCAGUAUGGACUAGUUUGGAUCAGUGGCAUAGCCAGAAUGAUAAUUGCAUGGAGGGUCCAUAUUCAUAUAUUCGUGUUCUGCUUUAUUAAUUUCUUUUGAAAUCAAUUGUUUUUAUGGUAUGUGAACACAAAUAUAUGAAUAUGCCCCCCCUCCCCCCCCCAAUUAUCGUUCCGGCUACGCCACUGGUUUGGAUGGUCCAAACUCCUUAAUUAGCUAAGGCCACACUGUGUUGCAUAUUUGUUUCUCAUCCAGGACUGUCCCCAAAGGUUUAUCCUAGCAAGUGGUCAUUACCAUUAUUCCUUCAUGUAAAGUUUUGUUUUUUAUGCAUGCUAGUACAAUUUUAAUUCUGUUUACAAUUUUCAUUCAUUUGUGAUAUUAGCUGAAAUGUAAAGCAAUGCGUAUUAAAUGUGUUGCGAUAAAAGCAUCCGGAUGGGUCCUCUGACUCCAUAUUUCUCCUCAGACCAUUUAUAUGGAGAACCACUGGUGUAUGCCCACAGCUGCAACAUAUGUUUUCUGAAAAGUGGAUAAUAAAAAUCUUCAAUAUUUAUGGUGCACAGUAAGUAUUAAGUAUUGAAGGUUAAACUAAUUUUUCUUAUAAUAGAUUUUGAACUUUUUGGUAACUAUGUUUACUGGGUAAUACACCUUAUGCCAUAUUAAAGUUACUAAGUAGCGAGGUCUGAUAAUUCCCAACAAGAUUUUGAAGACAUUUGCAUUCGAACUUGCACCUGGUGUUACUGACAUCUACAAUGCUUCAAUGAUACAAGGAAAUUUCUCAGGGCACUAAACUUGGCCCUUAUUCUCUUCACCAUCCUUACUAACUCCCUUUUGAAAAAUUGGUGGGGGCAGGUAAAGUUCUUUGAUGACACCACAUUGUUGGAGAUUGUUUUGCGGUGUUCGCCUAGUAUACUACAUGUCAUUGUUGACGAAAUCUCUUUAAUUUUGUAUCGAAUCGUGGAAAGGAACUUAAUCCAACAAAGUGCAAGGAAAUGGUUAUAUCUAUCCUUAAAUACAGUCUGAAAUGUGAUAAUGUGAUUCACAUAUCCGGAUUGCCUGUUGAACGUGUUUCAUUUUUUAAAUUACUUGGCUUGUUAUCUGAUGAUCUCUCAUGGAACUGUCAUGUGGACUACGUUAUUAAAAAGGCAAAUACAAGGCUUUCUGCGCUUCGCAUACUUAAGAAAGCUGGUUUAAGUCAGUCGGAGCUUGUCAACAUUUAUUGCUCGUUUAUAAGAUCGAGAAUUGAGUAUGUUUCUCCAGCAUGGUCAUCUUUGAUGGUUUACCUAUCUG